AUGUAUAGAAAUCAACUCUCACUACCUAAAUAUAUAGAAACCAUAAUUCCUAAUAGCUCUCUUUAUGAAUAUUAUAAAGCCAAUAAUACAAAAUCAAUUAGAAAGAAUGUUUCACAAUAUGGGUCUUCUAGUAUCAAUGACGACGUUGAGCGAGACGAGAAAAUGCAAACUUCUAAUCACAUGACAAACGCGAUGGGUAGUGAUAAUGACAAUAUAAUUUGUCCUGAAGAUGAGAAGAUUGUAAGUGAUGAAGAUAUCGACAUUGAAAAUAUAAGCGAAGUGUCUGUUGAUGAUAAUAUGAAAGAUGAAGAUAUCAAUAUCGGAAAUGUAAGCGAAGGAUCCGUUAAUGAGAGUGAGGAAAUUAUCGAUAUCGAAAAUGUAAGCGAGAAUUCCGAUAUUAAAAGCGUUUGUGAUGUCGAAGAACAUGGGGAUUAUGAAAAGCCUAAUGAACUUCAUGAUGGAUAUGAAGAAAUUCAGGUUGAUGGGCCCGUUGAUGACAUGAGGAACAUUGUUGACGCAUUAUUGAAAGAUAAUGUUUUGGAUAAAGUUAAAGGAUCUAAGGAUGACUUGGCUUUCGAAAUUUUACAAGAAUUAAUAAAUGAAUGUACCUUGGACGUGGCUUUUGAAGUACACCGGCAAGCAAAGACAGGAAUACUUGUAAAAGAAAUUGCCAAUGCACAAACUUAUCAGAGCAAAGAUUUCAAUGACUUUCCGAAUUUGAUCUAUGAAGAAGGAUACGAUAUAUACGGUCAAGAUAUCAACACUUUGAAAUCACAAGCAGAAAAACAACGUUGUCUAAAUUGUAGUGUAAUGAUUCCAGUUGCAACAUAUGCAAAACAUUUCUCAAAGUGUCUCGGAUUGACUAAAGGACGUACAGCGACAAGAAAUGUUAAUUAUACAAAUGAACGAAUAGACAAAUUUUCUGUCUUUGAUUUUCCCGGACAUUCUCCGAAUGUUUCGUUUAUAUCAAAUGCGGAAUUUGAUAUCUCACAAGAUUUGAUUAAUGAACCUCACGUGACAAAACAUACCUAUGCUAGGAAGAGAACGAUGUUGCCGGCUCAGGCAUGUUCUUGCUACAGUUUAUUUGACCUUUAA